GCAGACACUUUCAUCAUGAAGACUUUCUUGCAAUGCCUGCUCACCUCUUCGGCCCUACUUGGUGUGACGAUCUCUGCGCCAACACCAGCACCUGAGCAAGGACCAAGCUUCCCCAUUACUGAUCUCCUCAAUACCGAUCUUACAAUCGAGGAGUAUGCCAAACAGCUAGAGGAGAAAUCGACAUCCGAAACAAGCGGAUUGAGCAAACGACAAUUCAACGGCGACACCUAUAACCAGCUCACGGACGGAACGCCAUGCCGUGAGAUUACCGUGAUUUAUGCCCGUGGAACUACCCAAGAUGGCAAUGUCGGUGCACCGGACACUGAGGGGCCUAAUUUCUUCAACGCUCUCGCAGCUAAACUUGGGGGAACCAGUCGUCUCGCAAUCCAGGGAGUCACCUAUCCUGCUAACGUAUUCGGAUUCCUAGCCGGAGGUGAUUCAGCUGGAAGUACCACAACAUUAAACUUGAUAAAUACGGCUGCAUCUAAAUGCCCAUCGACAAAGAUUGUCCUCUCUGGAUAUACCCAGAAGUUGUCUGCAUCUGUGGCCGCGCGGGUUAAUGCAGUGGUUGUUUUCGGUGACCCAGAUCGUGACGAGGGCUUUGGUCCCAUCGCCGCCUCGAAAAUACUUAUCAUUUGCCAUGAUGGUGAUAACAUUUGUGACAAUGGCAUCAUAAUUACUCCUCAACAUAGGAACUACGAGAUUGAUGCUCCCGCUGCGGCCAAUUUCGUCGCUUCAAAGGUGUAA